CGCCAGCCCGCCAGCCCGGAAGGAGCCGAGCGAGCGCCCGCGGCAGCUGACUCAAGCGAGAACGAAGUGGUUUGGUUGCCCAUGGGGCCCCUGAGUCGUGAGGCCUGGGCCCAGCGCCUGGCGGCUUUCCGAGCCAGCCCGUCCGCCUUCCUAGCAAGUGCCGAGGGUGAGGAUUUGGCUCGCGACCUGCUGAGUGACCUAAGGAAUGAAAAGCUAAGCGAGCAGACCAAGGCGUCCUUACUGACACUGAGCUUGGAGUACUCUGACAAACUGUGGCCGGAGGCACCUGCGGCGGAGGCUGCUGCCGGCUCCUUGUUGGACACACUUGUCCUCCUGCCCCCAAGACCUUCAGCUCUCCGGAGGCUCCUGUUGUUGGCAGCCACCACAGCCCUGGUGUCGGGAGGUGCUCUUGGACCCACUUCAGGAGCUUCCUGCCGGCUCCUGCCCUUGCUUCUUGGCUUAGCCUCAGGCCGAGACAUGGGACGAAGCUUUGGAGCCGUCGUAGAGCAGCGCCACCUACAGGCCACGGCGUGCGAAUGCCUCCGAGAACUGGAGCGCUGUAAGCCUGGGCUGCUGGCCGGCUCGCUGGGGAUGCUGCGGAGCCUGCUAGGGCAAAUGGGUCCUGUCCAGCCUGUCAGCCUGCUGCUGGCCCUCGUUCUGCACAACACCUUGGUGGUACAGUCCAGGUCUGGGGCUGGCCUGCAAGGCCUGCUUGUGGCCGGGGUCUCCUCCACUGGGAGUUGUCCCUGGGACUGGACGCUAGCUGAAGAGUGGGAUGCCCAUCUUAUGCCCCAGGCGCCUAGCUGGCACGCAGCUGAGGGGGAGGAGCGUGGCUUUCCAUUGCUAGAGCCCAGCCCUGAGGACACCCGAGAGCUGAAGGCUGCGGUGGCCCAGCUUCUGGACACUUCCUACCUGCUCACACCUGUGGCUCAGGCCCAGCUCCUGUGGUUGUUGGGCUGGGCCCUUCGGGGUCUUCGGGGACAGCCACCAGUGCUCUUCAAGCCACAGCUAGUUCGGCUGCUGGGCACCGCACAGCUGGCCCUGUUGCACUCAGUUCUGUCUCUCAAAGCGGCCUUCGGUGAGGCCCUGUUCACGGCCCAGGAUGAGGUGCUGCUGCUGCGCAGGCUCACCUUGGCAGCCCAGCACCCAGCCUUGCCGACGCCCACACACCUCUUCUACCUGCACUGCCUCCUGAACUUCCCUGAGAAUUGUCCGCUAGGUCCAGAAGGGGAAGAGGCUGUCCCCCUGCUGUUGGGGCCCCAGCUAUGCAGGGGCCUCAUGCCCAGUCUCCUGCAGGACCCAAUGGUCCUCCUGGCCCGCCUGCAUUUGCUGUGUCUGCUCUGUGCCGAUCAGGAUGAGGAAGAGGAGAAAGGCCCGGCUCAGGGUCCACAGUGGUUCCUACAGGAGCUGCUGGCUGGCCUACAGCAGAGGGCAGCACUGGAUGGCGGUCCCCGAGCCUUGGCCACUCUCAGUUUCCAGGCCUCCUACCUCGUUGCUAGCUGCCUGGCUGGGCAGCCUGCAGUGCGGACAUCUUUGAUCCGUGGACUGGCCCAACUGUACCGAGCUCGGCCAUCCCUGGCUCCCUACUUUGUGGACCUCCUAGGUCGGCUAAGCCCCGAGCUCAGAGAGCCCCUCAGGGAGGUGCUACAACAAGAGGUGGUAGCCAUGCCAGGCAAGGAGGAAGCUCUUUGCUGGCACCUGCAAAUGCUGGCAGAGGUGGCAGAGGGAGAUGAUCAGAGCGCCACGCUUGCUUUCCUGCGGGCUGCAGCCACACACUGCACCAACUGGGGCCUCCAGCAGGCCCUCCUGCGGGUGUGCCGCACACUGCUGCGGUCGGGUAGGGGGGACGGCCUGGCUGACUUGCUGCAGGUACUGGCCAGAAAGCUAGAGGACGCUGACGGACGGGACCGUGCCCGACUGUACUACAUCCUUCUGUGCCAUUUGUCAAGCCCCAAGUUGCGGAUGGCCCUGGGCCCCUCACUUGCUGUACCCGCUUUGGCCUCGUCACUGGUGGCAGAGAACCAGGGCUUUGCAUCAGCAUUGAUGGUACAGGAGACUCCGGCUCCAAUUCAGUUGAGUGCGGGGCCUCAGAAGGCCAGAGGCCUGCGCCCGGUGCUUCAUCUGCAGGUAGAGGCCUUGGAGGCUCCCGUCUACUCUCUGGAGCUGCGCUUCCGAGUAGAAGGACAGCUCUAUGAGCCUUUGGAGGCCAUCCACAUACCCUGCUUGCAUCCAGGACGGCCUGCCCAUCCGCUGGACUUGCCCUUGCUACCCCGACGCCCAGCCCCCGCCCACCUACAUGUCCAGGCCCUCUAUACCACACCUGCUGGCCUCACAUGCCAUGCCCACCUGCCACUUGUGUCUGUGAACUUCUCUGACCUCUUCCUGCCUUUCCCCCAGCUCCCCAAGGGCUCUGAGCUGCGUUUCUUUGAUGAGCUCUGGAACUCCUGCCUGCCGAAGGGUGUAGAAAGUCGUGUGUGGUGUCCACUUGGGCCACAGGGCCUGGGGGCCUUGGUGUCCCAGCACCUAGAGCCCUUUGUUGUGGUGGCUCAGCCCCCUACCGCCUAUCUGGUAGCUGUUCGCCUGCCCCCUGACUCCAUGCUGCUGCUGCGGCUGGAGGCAGCUCAGGUGGAUGGCGUGCCCGUGGCCCUAAGGACUGAUGACUGGGCGGUGCUGCCCCUGGCCGGGGACUACCUCCGAGGGCUCGCCGCCCGCUGAGAAUGCCAGGUGUGGCUGGUCCAACAGACUGCCAGAGGAGCUUGCAGCUCCUGCCCCAUAAAAUCACAUGCACUGACAGCUCUGAUUGCCUUGUUUUCUUUUGGACUCUUGUUAGGAGCAGAUUUACUGGGAUUGGGGCAUAAGCCCCCAGAAAGAUCUAGACUAACCCCGAUACCGCAGACCUCCGUAAUUCCAGCAAAAGGCCAGGUUCAGGCCCAAGCUGCGCCAAUGGAUUUUUACCACGGAGUGACCUCUUCAUCCCAGGCAAGGCAUCUACAACAGGCCAAAGACAAAAUGCCACUCAAGUCUAGUGAGUGAGCCAGCGAGUGGAUUGGAGUCAGAAGAGUACAGGUGACUCAGAGCCAGCUGUAUCACCAGACAGGCCAUUCCGGCAUGGGUGGCCACUCCAAAGAGCUGCCUCUCUGGAGCAUUAUCAGUCCUGUAGCCAGCUCCACCUGAGGUCCCCCUGAAACUGCUGACUGCUUUUAUAACGUGAGGGCUAGGCCUUGCCAAGCCUGUAACUUUCUGAGCUCCCAGAUCCGGAGUCUUCUGAACCUGAAGGGAUAUUUCAACAAGGAGGAAGCAGCUUCGAAGCACUCGCCUCGGAGGCCAGCCGUUGCUGAAUCAGGAAGGUGGCCAUCCUAGAGACUUCUCCAGCUGGUGUGAGUAGAGAGAGGAUAUAGGUCAGUUUCAUGGACCAUUCUCAGGGAAGCUAGAGAAGCGGGUCCCACAGAAGCCACCAGCGGAGUUUGUCUGGGACGAGCUCCCCUGCCAGCGGCCCAGCUCCUCUUGGUGCCUUGGCACGGAGCCUGGGUGCUGCCACUGCUGCCUCGUGCCCACUGAGCCCAAGGCCCAGCUCUGGUGACAUCCAGUUCUCUCAGCAUAGUAGGGAGGGGAUACAGAAAAGCAGCUCUUGUCACACAAAUGCAGCAGGUGUGCAAGCCUUAGUCCAAGACGAAGAUACUAGGCUCAGGAUGCUGGGUAGGUGACUCAGUAACGUGCAUAGUGUGAGGACCUGAGUAAGCCCCAGCCUCCGUGGAAAGCAGGUGAGGCCCCACCCUGUCAUCACAGCUAGGGAGGCAGACACAGGGUCUCUGGAGCUUGCUUAUAUUUUUUUCCUAAGACAGGGUUUCUCUAUGUAGCUCUGGCUGUCCUAGAACUGACUCUGUAGACAGGCUGGCCUCAAACUCAGCGAUCUCUACCUCCCGAGUGCUGGGAUCAAAGGCAUGUGCCACCCCCACCCCAAUGGAGCAUGUUCACAAACAGUGCAGCUGAGUCAGCAAACCCAAGUUCAGCCAGAACCCCUGCCUCAGUAAGGUGACGAGCAGUCAGACACCCAGCAUCCACCUCUGUCCUGCUACACACAUCCAGCCACACAGGACCACGACGCAAGUCACACACGGAGGGGUAAUCCAACCCUCUAUCUUACGCCCAUCUCCCUACCCUCCAUGGACCUGUGUUAUAUCCACCCGCUCCUUCAGGCCGGCCACCAGAUGAACAACUCCUCCCACGAAACAAGGUAGGUGGUGUGUGUCACAGCUCACGUAUCCAUGACAGGCUGUGGGCCUGUGAUUCAGACCAGCAGGCUGUUAAUCAGGGUUUCCACAACCUCUCUAGGUUUGGUAAUUUUCAAGGGACCCUCUACUUACCUUCACCUGCUUAUUAUAAAAGCAGAUGUGGUGGUGCGGGCCUAUAAUCCUAACAGUCCAGAGCCUGAGGCCUCAGGUUCAAAGCCAGCUAGUGGCUUCAUCGUGAGACUCUUAACAAGCAAAAGUAUAUUACAGGGUACUAGAGAGCUCAGUUCCCAGCACCCAUGUCCAGCAGCUCAGAACCUGGUCCCUUGAGCUCCAGGGCACCCUACACCUUUGGCUCCCACAGGUGCCUGCACUCGUGCACACAGUCCAUGCACACGCACACACUUCAUUUUUUAAAUGAAGACAUGUUACAGAGAUACAGGUGACCAGAUGGAAGGGACACGGGGGGGGGGGCAAAGUGUGCGGUGGGAAUCUCCACGUCCUCUCUGGGACGUGCUGCCCUCCAGGCACCUCCAGGUACAUCCAGAAGUCUGAACAAAACUUUUUAAGAAAGCCUCAUCACGUAGGCAUGAUCAACUAACUCAAAUUAUUGGCAUUUCUCUUCCUGAAGGAAGGAAAGGGGAGGUAGAGUCACAGGCAGUUGUAGCCCGCAUGACACGUAUGUCUGGGCUCUGAGCUCCCGCCCUCAUAAGGCAGCAGCGUGAGCUUUUGAACACCAAGCCAUCGCUCCAACACCCACGCUGAUUUUUAAAAAAGUUUUUGGUUUGGUUUGGUUAUGGGUUUUUUUGUUUUUCGUUUUGAGACAGUUUGUGUAACCCUGGCCAUCCUGGGAGUCGCUCUGUAGACCAGGCUGGCCUUGAACACUGCCUCUGCCUUCUGAGUGCUGGGGUAAAGGGCAUACACCCCACCACCACCACCCAGCACAAUUUUUCUUAAAUGUUAAACCAGUUUACCACAGCUGGAAUAAAUCCCACUUCAUCAUG